AUGCAUUCUCCCGAGAUGGUAACAUUUGUGCGGUACUGCACGGCGAGUAAUAUGCGCAUUGAGCUUUGCUAUCAGUGCUUUGGUGAUCCCUGCAGCAAGAUGCCCGUGGUGCUUCUCAUUGGUGGCCUCAACAUGCAAAUGUAUGCCUGGGAUGAGGCGUUUUGUGAGGAGCUUGUGAAGUCUGGUUUUUUUGUGGUGCGCUUUGAUAACCGUGAUAUUGGACACUCCACAAAAAUCGAGGAGCGCGGCAGUGUCGUGCCGGCGCGCCUGUUGCUGCCACAAGCCCUUGCCUUUGGAGAACGUCUUCCCUAUACGAUUGCGGACAUGGCGCGCGAUGCCCUUGCGCUGCUGGAUGCCCUUGGCGUUUCGUUUGCCCACAUCAUGGGUAUCAGCAUGGGUGGCAUGAUUGCCCAGACGGUGGCGCUGCUUGCGCCGCACCGAGUGCUGAGCCUCACGAGCAUCAUGUCAACCACAAACGCCUCUGACCUGCCCGACCCGCAGCUAUGGGUGAAGAUGUGGCUGCUGCGGAAGCCUCCCGCCAACUGCACCCUUGAGGAGCUGCUAAACUUCCGCGUUGCCUCACUGAAAAAGCUGCUGGCAGGGACCUUGCCCGUCGACGAGGAGUAUUUAAAGCACCGGUAUUUGAUUUCACUGCGGCGAAGCGCGUACUCUGCAGGCCUGCUGCGACAGGCCGCGGCUAUUCGCCGAUGCCCUGGACGCGACGAGGCCCUUCGCUCACUCUCUUGUCCGACGCUGGUCAUCCACGGUCAGCAGGAUGUGUUGAUGCCGCCGGCCCACGGCCACCGCACGGCCUCUGUGAUACCGUGCGCCAAGCUGAUCAUCCUGGAAAGCAUGGGACACUACCUUCAUCCCGCCUUCUUCUCGCCCAUCAUCGCACACUUUGUCGAGGUUGCGAAUACGCCGCAGGAAAACGGUGGACCCCGUAGUCGCAUUGGGCUUGAUCUUCCUUAUUGUGUCCCGUUGCUGCUUGGCGUCCCCGUGGAGGAGAAACACGGCGCCCACCCGGUGGAGUGUCACUUGGGUACGGCGGGCGCGUUGCAGUCCUCGCAUCCGCCGCCGACGGGAACGGCGACGGCGAAGUCGUCGGACACGCAGGACGCGACGCACGCCGCCAGCAAGCCAGGGGAAGAGAGUUCCGACCUCAUUGAGAUGGUCUGCGCAGACGCAGACGAGAUUGUUCUUGAGGAGGUGCGGCAGAACAUAUUAGAGGAGCAAUUGGCAGAGGCGUCUUUGCUGAACACGCCAGAGAAUAGUGUCUGCGAGAGUGCGCGGUAA